CUUCCUCUUCCUCUUCCUCGAUCAUCCUCAGUUAUUUUUUCUUCUUCCAACCCCUUCUUAAGCGGGGGACUAGAAGUCAAAGUCUUCUUUCUUCAUCUCGUCCCCCUUACAUAUAUAUAUGUAUAUCAGCUCUCCCUUCCUUCAUCCCUUACUAAAAACGGUAUUUCUCUUUAUCACCCUUAUAGCCUCCACUAGUAAACGCCGAUUAAGGCAGUAGUGAGAGGUAGAAGAUGGCCGGAGGUAGUAGCAGUGGUCGUUCUCUGGAGGAAACUCCGACAUGGGCUGUCGCCGUUGUCUGUUUUAUCUUAGUUUUGGUUUCACUUAUAAUCGAACACAUCCUUCAUCUCAUUGGACAGUGGUUGAAGAAAAAACACAAGCGAGCUCUCUAUGAAGCACUCGAAAAGGUCAAAUCUGAGCUUAUGCUGCUGGGUUUUUUAUCGUUGCUGCUAACGGUGUUACAAUCACCCAUUUCCGGGGUUUGUAUCCCACAGAGCGUGGGAGCUACUUGGCAUCCAUGUAGAGAGAAGCAAGAAGCGAGCACUUCAGAGACCAGCGAUAUGGUGGAUGAUUCUGAUGAAAAUAGGCGGAGACUUCUGUCCUUUCCUGAUUCUAUCGGUGGUGUCAGGAGGAUAUUGGCCGCCGGAACUGAAGGAACUGAUAAAUGUGGCGAGGGAAAAGUCUCCUUCGUUUCCUCUGAUGGAAUCCAUCAACUUCACAUCUUCAUAUUCGUGUUGGCUAUUUUCCAUGUUCUUUACUGUAUUACCACCUUGGCUCUGGGUAGACUUAAGAUGAGAAAGUGGAAGAAGUGGGAAAAGGAGACGAAGACAAUUGAAUACCAGUUCUUAAAUGAUCCAGAGAGGUUCAGAUUUGCAAGGGAUACAUCCUUCGGUCGGAGACACUUAAACUUCUGGACCAAGCACCCUAUUCUCAUCUGGGUCGUUUGUUUCUUCAGGCAGUUCGUUAGAUCAGUUCCAAAGGUGGAUUACCUCACUCUCAGACAUGGCUUCAUAAUGGCUCAUUUGGCACCUCAAAGUCAAACAAAGUUUGAUUUUCAAAAAUACAUCAACCGGUCACUUGAAGAAGAUUUCAAAGUUGUCGUUGGUAUCAGUCCAGCAAUCUGGUUCAUCGCAGUGCUGUUCCUAUUAUUCAAUACCCAUGGGACCUAUUCUUAUCUGUGGCUGCCCUUCAUCCCUUUGAUCAUCAUCCUCUUGGUGGGGACAAAGCUACAGGUGAUCAUAACGAAAAUGGGGUUGAGAAUACAAGAAAAGGGAGAGGUGGUGAAGGGUUUCCCCGUGGUUGAACCAGCUGAUGACCUCUUCUGGUUCAACAACCCUCAUCUCAUUCUCUAUCUCAUCCACUUCGUUCUCUUCCAGAAUGCGUUUCAGCUAGCCUUCUUCGCAUGGUCUGUGUACGAAUUCACUCUUAAAUCUUGCUUCCACGAGCACACUGAAGACAUCGUCAUCCGCAUCUCAAUGGGGGUUAUCAUCCAGAUCCUCUGUAGUUACGUCACACUUCCUCUCUAUGCGUUGGUGACACAGAUGGGUUCGACAAUGAAGCCAACCGUCUUCAACGAGAGAGUGGCCACAGCUCUGCGACAUUGGCAUCAUACGGCUAGGAAGCAUAUCAAGCAGAAAAAAGGAAGUAUGUCAGGGACACCAGCAUCAAGCAUGCCGUCGACGCCUACCCAUGGCUUGUCUCCCGUACAUCUGCUGCGCCGGUACCGGAGUGAGGUCUCCGACAGUGUCCAGACCUCUCCACGACAAAGCAAUUUCGAUGCCGCUUCCCCUGAUCAAUGGGACGUCGUUGAUGGCUCUACUUCCCCGAAUAACCAACACAACGAUGGCUCUUUCUUACAUCAUCACCAUCACCAUCACCAUCAUCUUCAUCGACAGCAGCAGCAGUAUGAGAGAGAUGAGAGUCAUGAGCCUCCAACCUCAACAGAGCCUCCUCCAUUGCCUCAAUCCAUCAGUAAUGAGCACGAAAUCGCGAUGGGUCAUUUAGAAUUCUCCUUUGAUAAGAGACCUAGAGUGUAAAUAAUCUGAUCAUCGUAUAUGGGAAGAAAUAUGAUUGAAUUGCAUGAAUAGAUUCGUUGCUCCGAGAUGGUAUGCCAG